AUGGGACGUCCGCCAACUAGCGGCUACUGUCAUACCUGUCGACGAAGACGGGUCAAGUGUGACAAAGCUCGACCUGCAUGUGAGAGAUGUCUCAAAUCCGGCCACAAAUGCCUGGGCUACGAGUUGCCGCUCCGCAUGCAAAACUUUGCCGCCACUGGCGAUGCUGGUGGUAGUCAACAACUAGUCAGAGUCUCAAACACGAGCUCGAGCACUGUUAUUCACCAGAACAUCGUCCCAGAGCUCCCGUUCACAGCUUUUCGUAACCGCAUGGCAUUUUCCCAUCUUGUAGCUCACUACCGCUGGGCUCCGUUUUGGAAACCUCUCUUUCGAAUGUCAUUAGACGGAGAAUUGGAUUCAGAUGUGGCCAGAGCCGAUUAUACGGGAAGCCUAGCGACUGCGCUCGGCUUCAUGGGAAAUUCUGUCAACGAGCCGAGCAUGGUGGCCGAGGGCUACGAGUUGAAUGGCAAGGUAAUCAGAGCGUUGCAUCACGCUGUGUCAGCGAAGUCCAAUCAGGAGUUGGCGAGGUGGGCCUUCACAAUCAUUAUCCUUAGUCUUUACCAAUAUGCGGUAGAGAACGUGCCCAACGUUCCUCACUAUUACGGCAUGUCGAAGAUCAUAGAAAUGUGUGGGCCAGAGUGCUUUCAGCAAGAGCCAAUGUUGACCUAUCUACGCCAAAUUCGGGCACUUCAUACCUCACACGACCUGCUGAUGGACCAUUUUGUCGAUAUUCCCGGUCUCACUCUUUCUAUCACAUCACGCAAUCGACCGUUAUUCAACAACGAGAUAGAGGCCGCCCGUGACAAGAUUGAUCAGCUUCUCAGGGAUCUACGUGACUGGAGAUGGCGCUGGAAGUGUGACAAUCCAGAUGCUGCAAGAGAAGCUGAUAUGCCUCUUGACGAAGAGAUGGAAGACAUUUCGUUGCCUUGGGCCAAGACGUUGGCGUCUAGGCCAAUCGAGGUGAAGACGCCGGAACAGGCUGCCGAGCUCAUCAUCUAUAAUGCUUCAAUCACGCAGCUUAUGAAUUUGCAGGUUUUGUUGGACACGGGAACGCGGCAUCCAAUGCCAUUCCCUGAAGAUAUCGACAAAGCCGUGCUCAAGCCAGCGGAAGAUCCUCUUUACACACCGAAUGAAGUCAAAUAUAGGUGGCAGCCGUCCAUGGAGGGCUUAAGGCUCAUGAGGCUGGCACCGAAGCUCCUAUCUGUUGGCAACGGUACCUCAGUAAUGCUGGCUGCAUCGCCCAUCGGAAUCAUAUACAACUCUCUACUUGCUACGGAGGGUCUUGGAAAUCUAUUUCUGUCAACGAUGGCGGUGCCGAGUGAUUAUACAAUCACAAAUAGAGAGCUUUCUGUCUUUCGCUUAUGGUAA